GCACACCUCUGGAACACCUUUCAGCUGCCUGCUCCCCAGACACACCUGCAGCCCUGCCCAGCCAGCUCUGCUCACCCACCGCGUGUAAAUGCCCCAGACAUGAGCCAGCCCAGGCCUCGCUACGUGGUAGACAGAGCCGCAUACUCUCUCACCCUCUUUGACGAUGAGUUUGAGAAGAAGGACCGGACAUACCCACUGGGAGAGAAACUUCGCAAUGCCUUCAGAUUUUCCUCAGCCAAGAUCAAAACCGUGGUGUUUGGGGUGCUCCCUGUGCUCUCCUGGCUCCCCAAAUACAAGAUCAAAGACUACAUCAUCCCUGACCUGCUUGGCGGCCUCAGCGGUGGAUCUAUCCAGGUCCCACAGGGCAUGGCGUUUGCCCUGCUGGCCAACCUUCCUGCCGUCAAUGGCCUCUACUCCUCCUUCUUCCCCCUCCUGACCUACUUCUUCCUGGGGGGUAUCCACCAGAUGGUGCCAGGUACCUUUGCCGUUAUCAGCAUCCUGGUGGGUAACAUCUGUCUGCAGCUGGCCCCAGAGUCAAAAUUCCGGGUCUUCAACAAUGCCACCAACGAGAGCUACGUGGACACGGCAGCCAUGGAGGCCGAGAGGCUGCACGUGUCAGCGACACUAGCCUGCUUGACUGCCAUUAUCCAGAUGGGCCUGGGCUUCGUGCAGUUCGGAUUUGUGGCCAUCUACCUCUCUGAGUCCUUCAUCCGGGGCUUCAUGACAGCCGCUGGCCUGCAGAUCCUGAUCUCGGUGCUCAAAUACAUCUUCGGCCUGACCGUCCCCUCCUACACAGGCCCAGGGUCCAUCGUCUUUACCUUCAUUGACAUUUGCAAAAACCUCCCCCACACCAACAUCGCCUCGCUCAUCUUCGCCCUCAUCAGUGGUGUGUUCCUGGUGCUGGUGAAGGAGCUCAAUGCUCGGUACAUGCACAAGAUCCGCUUCCCCAUCCCUACCGAGAUGAUUGUGGUGGUGGUGGCAACAGCUAUCUCUGGGGGCUGUAAGAUGCCCAAAAAGUAUCACAUGCAGAUCGUGGGAGAGAUCCAACAUGGGUUCCCUACUCCCGUGUUGCCUGUGGUUUCGCAGUGGAAGGACAUGGUUGGCACAGCCUUCUCCCUGGCUAUCGUGGGCUAUGUCAUUAAUCUGGCUAUGGGCCGGACCCUGGCCAGCAAGCAUGGCUAUGAUGUGGAUUCUAACCAGGAGAUGAUUGCCCUGGGCUGCAGCAACUUCUUUGGCUCCUUCUUUAAAAUCCAUGUCAUAUGCUGUGCUCUCUCUGUCACCCUGGCUGUGGAUGGAGCUGGAGGAAAAUCCCAGGUGGCGAGCCUGUGUGUAUCUCUGGUGGUGAUGAUCACCAUGCUGGUCCUGGGGUCCUAUUUGUAUCCUCUCCCCAAGUCUGUGCUAGGAGCCCUGAUAGCUGUCAACCUCAAGAACUCCCUCAAGCAACUCGCCGACCCCUAUUACCUGUGGAGGAAGAGCAAGCUGGAUUGUUGCGUCUGGGUGGUGAGCUUCCUCUCCUCCUUCUUUCUGAGCCUGCCUUAUGGUGUGGCAGUGGGUGUCGCCUUCUCCAUCCUGGUUGUGGUCUUCCAGACCCAGUUUCGAAAUGGCUACGCUUUGGUUCAGGUCAAGGACACGGACAUGUAUGUGAAUCCCAAGACCUACAAUAGGGUCCAGGAAAUCCAGGGGAUUAAGAUCGUCACUUACUGCUCACCUCUCUACUUUGCAAAUUCGGAGAUCUUCAGGCAAAAGGUCAUUGCCAAGACGGGUGUGGACCCCCAGAAAGUAUUGCUGGCCAAGCAAAAAUACCUCAAGAAACAGGAGAAGGGGAAACUGAUGCCCACGCAACAGAGGAAGUCUCUAUUUAUGAAAACCAAGACUGUCUCACUGCAGGAGCUCCAGGAGGACUUUGAGAACCCCUCCCCAACCGACCCCAACAACAACCAGACACCUGCUAAUGGCGCCAGUGUAUCCUACAUCACCUUCAGCCCUGACAGCCCCCCAGCUGCCCACCGUGAGCCGCCCGCCUCUGCUGAGGCCCCCAGUGAGCCCACUGACAUGCUAGCCAGCGUCCCGCCCUUCGUCACCUUCCACACCCUCAUCCUCGACAUGAGUGGGGUCAGCUUUGUGGACUUGAUGGGCAUCAAAGCCCUGGCCAAGCUGAGCUCCACCUAUGGGAAGAUCGGUGUGAAGGUCUUCUUGGUGAACAUUCAUGCCCAGGUGUACAAUGACAUUAGCCAUGGAGGCGUCUUUGAAGAUGGGUGUCUACAGCGCAGCCAUGUCUUUCCCAGCAUACAUGACGCAGUCCUCUUUGCCCAGGCAAAUGCCAGAGAAGUGGCCCCAGGACACGGCUUCCAAGGGGCUCCAGUGGACCCUGAACUCUCCUUGUAUGAUUUGGAGGAAGAGAGCCCCACCUACUGGGACUUGGAGCAGGAGAUGUUUGGGAGUAUGUUUCGCGCAGAGACUCUGACCGCCCUGUGAGGGCCCAGCGGUUCCCACGCUGCCCAGAGGGCCUGGCACCUGGGACUUCUUGAAGGAUGCGCCUGGGAUCACGGCGGGUGGCGGGCAGAGGAGAACACCUCCACCAGGACUUCUGUUCCUCUCUCUCCACUUCUUCCUCCUCUCUCGUUCCCCUGCCUCCCUCGUGGCAUCUCUAGAGCAAGCCAAUCUCAGCAGCAGGGAGGGCCACCUCUUCAUCCUUCCGCUGACCCUCAGGACUCUGGCCAGCAAUGAGCAAGCCUCCUGCUCACGCCACUGUACCCAUCCCUGCCCUGUCUGUGGCAGCUGACGGGAGUCCCUAACUGCCGGACUUGAAGCAUGAGCCACUAACAGAAGAGGAAGUAUGACUGCUGACCUAGAGUGCAAGCUUUGAGAGUGUCCUUGGGCUUGCAUGACUUAGUGUCAGAUGAUGUCACGCUGUCACAAGACACAGGGAUGGACUUGCUUAAGACUCUGUGGCUUGCCCCCUCCAGCUGUCAACUCUGUUCCUGGCAGCUCUACACCUCUGGGACCAUGUGCUUCCUAUAACCCAAGAAUCUCUGUCUUGUUUACUGCGACCCCUUCCUCCUCAUCUCCAGGCUGCUGGGACCUCCAUCCUAUUCAGCACAUCAGACUCAAGACUGGGGAGUAGCCAGGGCCCUCAAGGUCACCAAAGCUACCUCCCCAGAGGCAGUCCACCAAGGUAGCUGCCCCAGCCUCCUGAAACAUUGUCACUCCCGCUGCCCUCAGGGGCUGCUCCCUUCCAGUAGAGAUGUAGAAACCCAAAAGGGAAAGGAGGAUUCUGCCAGCCUAGCAACAGGUACUAAUUAUUCUGCAUAAAAGCUUUUGGGAAUCCCUCUUUGUACUGGGGACUUGGAGGAGGGGAGGGUGCUAAUGCCAACUUAUAGCAAAUUGGUAGGACCUGGGUCCUAACAGUCCCCCUGACGUCAGAGCCCAUCAGGGAAAGGCCUCCCCAAGGUGGGAAAUCUGCCUUGUCCUCUUUACUUGGCAAUUAAUUUAACUCUCAGUUAUCAGCUUGGGGACUGAAUCCUUCAGCCAGGAAACGGAAGAAACCCCCCAAGGACCAGCUGCAUCUCCCGACUAGUUGCCUAACAUGGAGAAGGGCUGACCCAAAUUGGGUCUUCCUCCAUAGGGAUUCCUUAACGAACUCAGGACCUGAGGCCACCUCCUUCUAGGAAAGAUGAGAAGAGGGGUUAAAUUCUCUAUGUAUAUAAGGAGGUAAUUAGAGGCCCCCCCACUGUGACUUGAAAAUAAAUAGGUUCCAUGUGCAAACACUUGGGAAAAUUCCCAUGAACAUGCACAGAAAACCUUUUGGCCUCUCGCCACCGCUUCUUCCAAGCUCCUUCAGCUUCAUGACCCCUACCCAACAGGUUGGGCUGGCCCAGCCUAGAAAAAUGUCCUAAAUCCUAACUUCAGCCUGACCUGCAUUGUGUGCCUGUGUAUUAAGUGAGCUGUUCAGCUAGCAAGUCUUCUUAGAAUUAAAGGAGAGGGUGCUGGCAAAGAGCCAACAGAUUCUUGGCCUAAGAGCAUGGUUCUCUGUGAAUUCAUUGUGCCAUCUGUCUGCCAAUGGAACUCAAAACUUGGAAGGUUGAAGACAACGUUAUCUGGGAUUCACCAUGCCCAGCACCCAAAGUGCCAAAUUCCAGGAGGACAAGACCUUAGCCAAUGUCAACUCACUCUCCCCUACUCUACCUCCUUCAAAGUCUAGCUCAGGCCUAGCAGGUGGGGAAAGGUCACAAAGCCUCAGGACAUCCCAAGUUAAAAGGAUCCUUUUGAACCAAGUAUCUAGAUCCCUUUAGGAAUUAAUAAAGUCACUAUUAACUUCCAAGGCAGCCCCAGGCCUAAAUGGGAUUGCUGACUCACAAUGGCCUAUAUUUGGGGCUUAAGUAGGGAUCCUGCAACAUGUCCAAGGUUAUAUGAGGUCUGACAACUAAGUUAGCAAACUUGUUGCAACAAUGAUAUCAGAGGGGUUAUUCAUUAUGAAUUUGUA